CUUUGUAGUAUUUCAAUUGUUUAGUUUUUUCAAAAGAAAAUUACAAACACUAAAUUGUGAUUUAGUAUGGUUUUGAGAGAGAGAGAGAGCGAGAGAGAGAGAGAGAGAGAGAGAGACCAAUGUUACCAGACUAAAAGUACAUAAACUCCUCCCUCUCAUCUUUGAGUUCUGUUUUGAUGGAUGUUGAUAAGUCAUCAUCACAGUGUUAUUUAGCUACAGGCAAUGUCCAUAUCAUUUGCUUUGAUAUUCAGCGUGUCCUAGCGCUUCAAGACGCUGUUUCCAGAACCCUAAGCAAUUCUCUUUUGUGUUCAUAAUGGGAAGGAUUCUAUGCUUAACUGUCCCUAUGUUUGUAUUAUUAGUUUCAUCAGCAGUCUUUGUUGAGGGGAACCAAGACUGUAGUUCGUGCUAUCAGCUGGAGAUUGGAGCAGCUAUUGGGUUCAUUACCGGUGACAUCCUCCUCACACUCCUCCUCACACUCUCAGUCUACUGUUUUGUGUCUCAUCAGAAAAGGACAGGCAGUUCACAUCCACAGACCAGAUGCUGCAGUUCAAGCAAAACUACAACUCACCAGUCAUCAAUGAGAUCGAAAAUGACUGAAGUGGAAUCACAUUAUCAGGAGCUUUAUGGUGUACAGUCAGACAUAUACAGUGAUCUUCAGCAGUAUCAGAAAUGAAAUCACAGUGAAGUUUCAAGGUAUCCCAAAGUGUCAGAUCAUCUUUUAAAAAGAAUUGUAAUCCUCUGGAGUGUUACCAUUCUACAUGACAGCAAUUAUCAGACAAUGAAUAGUGAUGUUAAGGGUUUUACAUUCUAAAAUAUGGUUGGACGUAGUAUCAUGAAUUGUAGUAUAUUUUUGGGCUUUAAUGUGUUAUGAUGCCAUAACGUGAUUGCGACAUAAAUAUGUAUAUACAGUAUAUGAUUUGUAGACAUUCACCAAAGAUUUGUAGUUUUGAUGCAUAUGAUUCCACUAUCAAAUUCUUUUAAUUGAUCUGCCAUGUUCAAAAUAUACCUUCAGAUCAAAACUAGUAUAUAGUACAACUUAGUGCAACCUUCAGAUCAAAACUAGUAUAUAGUACAACUUAGUACAACAGAAAUAAAUAAGUUUUAUUAAGCUUCCACGAUUUUUGACAAUUCUUCUAUUGCUGGUAUAGCAGGGUGUAGAUAAAGAGUGAAGCCACAGCCACAAUUUUUUUUAUUAAGCUAAGGAAGUGGACACCAUGUGGUGGACCUAUUUAGAAAUCACAUGACUGAAGUGAAUCAUUUCAAACAAAAAAUGAAGGACAUAAAGGCCAUAGACUUUUAGGCCAAUGAGACAUUUCUUAUUAUGAUUAAUCAGUUCCUGAAUUAGCUUCCUUAGGCACACAUGCACUUGAUGUUUGUGCUCUCAAUAAAUACCCAAUUACACAAAAGAGUUUUAGUGCAAUGUUUAAUUAAUAUUAAUUUAAUUCCUAAAUGAUUAAAACAGAAUAGUUUUUGGCUCCUUCAGAGCUAGUAGAAAGCAGUUAAAAGAGGAUUUUGAAGAACUUUUUUUAUUUAUAUUUGUUGUUCAUUUUCUCACCCUUAAGCCACCCAAGAUGUGGGUGACUUUAUUUGAAAACAGUAAAGUUUUUUGCUGGUUUUAUGGUCAUUGGUGAUUCAUAAAACUCCACAAGUGCUGUUUUUUCAAGAGACAUUUGAUCAUUCACCAAGGAAACAUCUCCUUUGAUUUUUUUACUUAUGAAAAGUUAUUUUGGGGUCAACUACCUUCAGUGUCCACAAGAGUGCAGUCUAAUCUCAGAGUGUGUCCGUGUCACGUCACCUUAAAAUCCUUAUACCAGUUUUCCAUUGUCUUAUUUUGAAGCUGGCUUCAGUGUAAUGUACAGUUAUGUUGUGUUGUUGAUCUACACCAGAUGUUAUAUUUCUUGUGCCUUCUUUAUGCCAGACCAGAAAUUUAGGGGAUUUAUUAUGUAAAUAGAACUGCAUUAAAUCCGGGGAUCUGAAUAUUCUGAGCAACAGUGACACAUCUACAGGUGUAGACUAUUUAUUUCUUCAGUGGUUUUAAGACACGUGCAUGUCUACCAUUCAUCAUGUGUGCUUAAGACAAACCCCUCAGGCUGUUUAUCAAACAUUGUUCAUUGAAAACGAGUUUUGAGGGCAGAGAAAACCCUACCAGAGGGUUUAUCUCCCUGCAGCUUCAAAGCAGCCCAUUCAGAUCAUUCUCUGACAGAAGUCCACUAAAUUACAAUGUAGUACCCAAAUGCUUUGAACUGUGCAUCCAGCUUUUGUGUUGAUUUUCAAGUGCGACAAGUUGCUGUAUAGCAACAGGUGGAAUGUUGGGGAAAUGUACCACUAAAUGAUACAACAAAUGUCAAAGUAUA